AUGAAAUUGAUGUGCCUUAAUCUUGAGGGACGCAAGAGGCGAGUUCAAACAGAGGAUGGCAAACGUGCUUCGGGCAGGGUGCAAGAUGGUCUGAUGCUGUUAAGGGGCAGUGGGCGGUGGCACGUAUCGGGCUCCAUGAAUCGCAUGAUCGCACUGGUUUGCGAUAUGUUGUACGUGGUCACGAUCCUCAGCAUUGAGGGAACGAGGAAUAAGAAAAAGAAGAACACCUCCAUACAUAUA